AUGACUCUUGGUGAGCCAAUGAGCUCAAAUCAAGCUAGAGAACUUCCUGAACCAGAUAGUGUGACGGCGGAACUUAUUGCUAUCAAUUCCCAGUGCCAUGUCAUGGAACUUCUUUUCUUCUUUGCCUUUGCCUUUGAAAGAAGAAGCUGCUACAGACAGAAUAGGCUGCUCUCGGCUGCCAAUGAGGCAAAACCUUCACCCUAUUCGGGGUCUGCUCUCACCCCUAAAACUUCCGUCAAGUGGCUGUUUGGCCCCCCUUCUUAUUCGGCCUCGGUCGAACCCCCUGCAAGGUUCGAGCCG